AGCUUGCAGUUCCUUUUUUACAGAACUUCAAGCUUUUUUUUAUAAACAAUUAUAAAAAAAAAUAUUCAUUAUACGAAAUAUAAACUGCACAUUACAUUAUCUUUACAUUUUUAGUAUUUUUAGCACUGUUAUUAUUCUCAUUUUCAUUACAACAAAAUCGAAAUCAAACAAAAAAAUCGGCGAAAAUGCAGGCGCUAUCUCCGUCACCAACCACCACCGGUACACCAAACCCACUCCGAACUCGUCAACCCACCACCACAACAACCCGACUCAGUUUCCACCCGAGUCAACUCACUAUCCGAUGCUCCGCCUUCGGUCGAAACGGCGCCGUUUCCGGCACACGUGCCGACUGGCAAAGCUCAUGUGCAAUACUCGCUUCUAAAGUCCUCUCCUCCCAACAAACUCCGGCCGCCGGAGACGGCGGCGCCGGCGAAAAACCCGACGAAAUCACCACCGUGAACGGCCACAAAACCCUAAAUCUCCUCCCAAUUGUCUCAACCGCCGCCGCAACAGCCGCCGCAACAACCACCAACAACCUCCCGAAACCACUUUCUCUCUCCACCGACUUCUCCCCUGCUCCAAUGCACGGCUCCACUCUUCGCGUCGCUUACCAAGGCGUUCCCGGCGCGUACUCCGAAGCCGCCGCCGGAAAAGCCUACCCUGGUUGCGAGGCCAUCCCUUGCGAUCAAUUCGAGGUCGCGUUUCAAGCGGUCGAGCUUUGGAUCGCCGAUCGUGCUGUUCUUCCGGUGGAGAACUCUCUCGGUGGUUCGAUUCAUCGGAAUUACGAUCUUUUGCUCCGGCAUCGGUUGCAUAUUGUUGGCGAGGUUCAGCUUCCAGUGCACCAUUGCUUGUUGGCGUUGCCUGGGGUUCGGAAGGAGUAUCUCACGCGCGUUAUUUCGCACCCUCAAGCGCUUGCUCAGUGUGAACAUACGUUGACCAAGUUAGGGUUGAAUGUUACUAGAGAAGCUGUUGAUGAUACUGCUGGUGCUGCUGAGUAUGUUGCUACCCAGAGUUUGAGGGAUACUGCCGCUAUCGCCUCCGCACGCGCUGCCGAUCUUUACGGCUUGCAGAUAUUGGCUGAUGGUAUACAAGAUGACUCUGGAAAUGUGACCCGGUUUGUUAUGUUAGCCCGGGAGCCGAUUAUUCCCCGAACCGACCGGCCUUUUAAAACAAGUAUUGUGUUUGCAACCCAUGACAACGGGGAGGGUAAGGGAACCUCAUCCUUAUUCAAGGUUCUUUCGGCGUUUGCCUUUAGGAACAUUAGCCUAACAAAGAUUGAGAGCCGGCCCCACCGCCACCGGCCUAUUAGGCUCGUGGACGAUGCCAAUGUGGGGACGGCUAAGCAUUUUGAGUACAUGUUCUACGUUGACUUCGAGGCGUCUAUGGCCGAGCCAAGAGCUCAAAAUGCCCUAGCUGAGGUUCAGGAAUUCACUUCAUUCUUAAGGGUUUUGGGGAGUUAUCCUAUGGAUAUGUCACCGUGGUCGCCGUCGCGUUCGGAUGAUCAAUAAUGAUUAUGGUAAUAUAAACAAUAAUUAGUGCUUUUGUGUUCAUAAUCUUUCUUCAUCCGCCACAAGAUGGGAGAGGAUGAAAGAAUUAUGUAAGAAGAGAGAAACGAAAACUGUUUAUUUUGUUUAAUUUUGUCCUUGAAAACAGGAUUAUUUUAUUUAUUUAGAUAUAAAUAGAUUAUUUAGAAUUGUUUAUAUUUUUAAUUUCUUGGAAUUAUUUUAAUUCCUUGGUGAAAAGGAUGGAGUAGUGGUGGACCAGUUGAUGAUGGUGGAAAUGGUUGGUGAGACUAAGAAAUGUACAUUUAGAAGAUGGUGAUUGUGAUCACGAUGUACCACGUUCUUUUUUAAAUAUGUUUUUUUUUUUUUUUCACUUUUCUUUUUUGAAAUUAUAUAAGUAUGUAAAUAUAUUUUUGAUUUAUGACCCACAAAAUCUCAUAUUCUCAUUUCAA